ACAUAGGCUUUUCAGGAAGCAAUGUGCAUGUGUUUUUGCCUGUGUCAGUAGUGCCGAGUAGCUAGUAGUAGCUAGCGUAAAUAAGUCAUAUUUAGAUGCUUUUGUGUAUUUUACAUAACUUGCGCAAUCUUAGUUGCACACCUGCACGGUUAUUGGAAGGCCAAACUCGCCAAUAAAUAAGAAAAAUCUUGGUGGUUUCAUUGAAGAGUCCCAACAAGCGUUGUAGAUCAACGUUAACGUUAGUUGUAAGACUGGGAGAUACAAACGUUUCUAUGCAAGAUAGGACCACUACUUUUUGUAGAGGGUUAUUGCUUGUUGGACGUAUUUCGAAAGUCAAACGACAUCAUGACGUCUCGUUUUGGACACUACAGGCUGCAGCGUUCAGUCAGCUAGCAUUAUUCUGGAGACAUAAAACUGGAACUACUUUUGCUUAGUAACGGGUCAUGUCGGAACAAAUGAAGACAAGUGAAGAUGGUGUUAUUUCAGGGCGCAUAUCAUGGGCAUCCAGGUCAGAAGACUGUCAUAUAUGCGAUGUAAUAAAGACACACCAGGAGGAUGAUCUUCAGGAAGUGGACACCACUGUUAGAAGCGACGGUGCGCCUUUGUACCUGGACCAGGUGGGUGACACUCCAUGCGUAAUUACGCUCCAGUGUGCCCCGAACCCACGCAGCGUUAUCACCUCUCUCCUGGUUGUCAGCGAGGCGCGCACCAUAGAAGUGUACUCGGCGUCUGGGGACUACUGCGGCACCUGCCGUGGGGAAAAAGAUCCCACCAUCAACCAUGAAGGAACUACAGAGAGCAGACCUUUCUACAGGAAACACUUGAAGUUUGAGUGUCCCAUUACAUCCUGCGAAGUGAAGUUGCUCUCUCUGGGAGGACGUGCCAGUGUGGGCAUCGCUGGCAUCCACGUGUCGGUGCAAGUCCUGGAGGCCAAGCUGCAGCAGGUGGGCACAGGUGGCAGCAUUGACCUGCAGCAGGUGCAGGCCAUGAUGGAGGAGAUGGGCACCACCCUCUCACCUGGGGCACAACACCUCAUGGACAUGGUGCAGUUCCAGCAGAAGAGUAAAGCGGAUGCCAUGGGCAGCUUCUUCCCCCUCCUCGCGGGCAGCGGCGUGUUUGCGGGCCUGACUAAAGGAGCGUCUGUUCCCUCGCCCCCCACGGCCCGUGCCCCCCCACCCUCCCCCUCCCCCUCGCCCUCUCCGUCCCCGUUCUCCUUCGCUGCGCUCGCCCAUCCCCCGGCGCUGACCACGGCUGCCCAGGACAAUGCGUCCCUCUCAGAGGCUGCCGCGCCGGGCGCCGCCGGGCACCGCCCCUGCCCGACCCCGAGCGCAGCCCUGUCCGCGUCUGGCCGUGCCGCCCUGCCGCCCGCCCCCCCGGCGGGCCUGAGCCAGGGCAAGUUGGCGGAGGUGAUGUCAGCGCUGAUGCGCGCGCCGCCCGGGCAGCACUGUGCCGCCACACCUGACCUGCUCCCGCUGCUGCAGAGCGUCUGCUGCCAGGUGGCGCAACUCCGCAUGGACGACACCGCCGCCAUCGCCAUCGCCCAGGGCAAGGCACACGUGCCCAACGGCCCACCGGAGGCGCACACAUGCUGCAGUGGCCUGGAGGAGGCGCUAGAGAGGCGUCUGCAGCAGAUGGAGGCGCGGCUGAGGGAGCAUCUGGACCUGCGGCUGGACUCUCUGGAGCACAAACUGGACUCGGUGCUGCAGCAGGUUCUCCAGCCCCCUACACAGCCCAGCUGAACCUGAACCUGACCCGCGCCGCCCCAAAGGCCCCAACCCCGACCCUGCAGUGCCACCUCCACACAGCCAGAGGGCGCUGCCGUAUUUGCUGCUUUUGAAAUGGACACUCUAAUGACCAGCUGAAUAAUCAUGACAUGCUGAGGGAAAGGCUGGGUUUAACUGGUUAAUGCAAUGGCAGGGCACUAAUGACUAGAGUCUCUAUGGACCUAAACUGCUUCCCCUUGCCUUUAGUAACGCACUAAACAGAUCACCCGUAUUCUGUUCAAGUCUAUAUUGACAGAUCAUCCAUGUUGGGUUCAAGUCUCUAUAUUCUUUUAAGUUCUUUGUUGUGUUGUCAGCCCCUAUACAGAAUAACACUUUUUAUUGACUGUAACUGUACACCGUAAACACUGUAACUGAGGAUCUGCAUGGUUUAAAACAAAUAAAACCUAUUUAUACACUGAAAGAUCCCUCGGUGUCUGAGAGUGGGUCUGUGCCACUCUGAAAUAAAAGCUAUUUAUACACUGAAAGAUCUCUCGGUGUCUGAGAGUUGGUCAGUGAAAUAAAAGCUAUUUAUACACUAAAAGAUCUCUCAGUGUCUGAGAGUUGGUCAGUACCACUCUGAAAUAAAUCCUAUUUAUACACUGAAA